CGCACACCGCUCUUCUGAGUCUUCAGGGCGUCGCUGCCGCACCCUAGCCACAGCCUGACUUUCAUCCCUACCACCACCGUGUCCUUAACCUUUCCUGCUUCAGCGCAUCUCCGAAGUUGACUUGCGUGCUGUCUGUUCUCCUGGACCGCCAUUCGUCGCGGUAGACCUUGGAAGAGUCCAAUCCGAUGUCAACCGCGAGUCUGUCAAAAGACGAACAAGAAACAUUGCGACUCCUCGUCCAGCAUGUCUCGCGAGCGUUCUACGACCCCAAGCACACGGUUGUGAUGGACCAGCUGGCUCGGCAUCCUGUUCUAAAGGACGACGACCUCGCGGGGCGGAUGGGCUUGCAGCUAAAGGAACUCAACAAGGUCAUGGCGGUACUGGAGGGUGACAGACUGGUUAGGAUCCAUCGUCAAAAUGAGCUCAAAGAGGGUGCGCAGCGCUCGGUCGGCCGUCAAUACUUCUACAUCGACUAUCAGCAUUUCUGCAAUGUCGUCAAAUGGCGGAUAGCAGAGAUGCGGAGGAUAAUUGACUCGUCGUUGCGAAACGAGCUUGAUAAUAAGGGAUACAUCUGCCCGCAAUGUCACAAAUCGUUUUCUCCCCUGGAAGCGGACAAACUCAUCGACUUCUCCGCUGGCACGUUCAACUGCGACGUAUGCCAUGCCGAACUCGUCGAUAACGAGAACGCGGAGAGUGUGAAGGGUAGCCAGGAUCGCAUGCAGCGGUUCAACCGUCAAAUGCGGUUCAUCCGAGAAGGGCUACGGCGGACUGAGGAUAUGGUGCUACCUGCUUUCGACGUGGCCCUCUGGGUUAAAACCCAUAUCAUCGACGCUGAGAAGGCCAAAGCGGCUGCACAAAACGGUGGUCUGAAGAUUGCGGGAUCAUCAGGCGAGGCGAAGCAGGAGGACGCCUUUGGCAUCAUGUUGUCUGUCGACAAGGAUGAGGCAACGCGGAAGGAGGAGCGCGAUCGCGAAGCUGCAGCGAAACGCCAGCAGAACCUCAUGCCAUCAUGGCACCUGAAGAGUACGAUCACUGGCGACUUGACCGCGCUGGGUAUCAAGGAGACCGCGAGGACGGAGGAUGGUCCCGCGGGCGCGAACCAGCUACCCACCUCGAACGACAUGAUAUUGAAGGGGCUGGGUGUUGUCGGGGGACCACCCCCUCCUCCACAAACGAAUGGGAUCGAUAUCAAGCCUGCAGCCUCAGCCCCAGCACGGACGCAGGAAGCAGACUACUAUGACCAGUACUACGCGUCGCUCGCUGCCUCCGCAGCGACGUCCGCGCAAGCGACGCCUGCCGUGGCGACGCUCGGCAGCGAUUUCGGGGAGGAUGAGGAGGACGUGAAGCCGUCGGUGGAGUACCUGAACUCGCUGAACGAGCAUCGCAAGCGGUCGCGAUCCCAGGAAGAUGUUGAUGAUGACAUCACCUCGGCGAAGACGCCGCGUCUGAAUGGCCACGAGUCGGUGCAUGCAACGACGCCUGCAGCAGAACCUCCUCCAGCGGACGAAGCUAUUCCAGAACCUGUUGGUGACACUGGUGCUGCACCGGCUGAUGACCCAAUUGUACAUGUUGCUGGAGAGCCAAUACGUCUCUCCGAAGUGACUGAGGAGCAUCAGGAACAGAUGACCGCGGACGAGUACACCGCCUAUUACGAGGUGGUCAUGGCGAACUCGUGAUAUGUCAAUUUUUGAGGGCUUGGGUUAUCGGAUGGACAUUUGCGCAACACAUUCACGCAUGGCGGCAUGUAUCACGUACAAGUACUGUAUCACUUAGCUUGAGCAAUAC